AUGUCUGGCUCAGCUUCAAAGAGUCUUGCACGUCUGCUGCGCCAGACGAGGAGGUCUUCAAUCCCUCGGCCUCAACUCACACAGUGCCAGUCAAUACGAGCUUCGUUUGAGCCCGUGCGAAGCUUUUCAGUGACGUACCGACGACGGAGCGACCCCAGCGAACCUCACCACGAUGUCCGAUAUACCACGGAUAUGUACCCUUCCCUGAAACGGGACCCGCGGUUUGCAGAGCUCACGGACGAACAUAUCCAGUUCUUCAAGUCUACGCUGGGCGAUGAUGCUGCUGUCAUUGACGGCGUCACGAAAGACGCGUCGGAUGAUCUCGAACCCUUCAAUAGGGACUGGAUGAAGAAGUACAGAGGCCGUGCCAAGCUGGUUCUGAAGCCCAAGAGCACGGAAGAAGUGAGCAAAAUCUUGAAAUAUUGCAAUGAAAAUAAGCUUGCUGUGGUUCCCCAGGGAGGUAACUCGGGCCUGGUUGGUGGUAGUGUACCGGUCUUUGACGAGAUCGUGAUUGCGUUGACGCGCAUGAACAAGAUUCGAAGCUUCGACGAGAUCAGCGGCAUUCUGGUCGUCGAUGGAGGUGUCAUUAUGGAAGUUGCCGACAAUUAUCUGGCCGAGCGCAAUCAUCUCUAUCCUCUCGAUCUCGGUGCGAAAGGUUCAGCUCAAAUAGGCGGUAACGUCGCUACCAAUGCCGGAGGUCUGAGACUGUUGCGUUAUGGUUCGCUCCACGGAAAUGUCCUCGGAAUCGAAGGUGUGUUGCCCGAUGGCACUAUCUUUGAUGAUCUCUCCACGUUGCGGAAGAACAAUACCGGCUACGACUUGAAACAGCUGUUCAUCGGUGGAGAAGGGACCAUCGGCAUCAUCACGGGCGUCUCAAUCCAUUGCGCUCAAAGGUCAAAGGCGGUAAAUGUGGCUUACUUCGGUCUUCCCUCGUUCGAGCACGUCCAAAGAGCCUACAAAGAGGCAAAAAUUCACCUUGGCGAGAUCUUGUCGGCUUUCGAGCUCAUGGAUGCUCGCAGUCAGGGAUUUGUACACCAGGUGACGGGCAACAAAAGGCCACUUGACGGUGACCACCCGUUUUACUGCUUGAUUGAAACUAGCGGUUCAAACACAGAGCAUGAUAGCGAGAAGCUCGAGAGUUUCUUGGAAUACGUCAUGGGCGAGGAAAUCGUCUCGGACGGCGUACUAGCUCAAGAUGAGACACAAGCCCGGCAGCUGUGGGGCUGGCGAGAGGGCAUCACCGAAGCCAUCGGACACUUUGGCGGCACAUAUAAAUACGACCUGUCCAUUCCCAUCAAAGAAUUGUACAGCCUGGUCGAAGAAACCCGGGAACGACUGGACUCCAAAGGACUGGUAGGUGAUGACGACUCGUACCCAGCGAUUGCAGUGGUCGGCUACGGACAUAUGGGUGACGGCAACCUACAUCUCAACGUUCCCGUCAGGAAAUACACCCAAGAGGUCGAAGAUGCAAUAGAACCAUGGGUCUAUGAGUGGAUCCAAAAACGGAGAGGCAGUAUCAGUGCCGAACACGGCCUCGGCAUCGCGAAGAAGAAAUACAUUGGAUAUCAGCGAAGCGACACUAUGCUGAAGCUCAUGAAGCAGAUAAAGGACCUUUAUGAUCCCAAUGGGAUUAUGAACCCGUACAAAUAUAUAUAA